AGCCUUCCUCCACCAUGUUUCACAGCUCGAAGCCGUACUCUGCAGUGACAGUGCAGAUCGAGGUCCUCACGAGUGAACAGUACGAGAUCGAGGACUCGAGUGGAAUUAUUGAUCUCAUCGAAGUCAUUCGCAUCCAAGCUAGUGGCCCGAAAGAAGCAAGCCGUGCGUUACGCAAGAAGCUCAAAUAUGGUAACCUCCACCGGCAGUUAAGAGCACUCACCAUUCUCGACUUUCUCAUUCAAAACGCCGGAGAUCGAUUUCUGAGGGAAUUCGCCGACGAGACCCUUCUAGAGAGAUUACGAAUUGCUGCGACUGAUCCUAUUUCGGAUCCCCUGGUCAAACAAAAAUGCAAGGAACUUUUCGGCCAAUGGGCGGUGAGUUACAAGAAUACACAUGGAAUGGAACAGAUCGCCGCCCUCUACAAGCAACUGCCUAAGAGAAAACAACCCGCAAACUUGGCCAAAGCAAAGGUUUUGCGCGAUGCGGGGGAGUCGAGUGAACUGCCACUGGGGCAUUCGGUCUCUAUAUCUGCUGGAGAUGGACCAGCCACGGUUCUCAGUAGUCCUAAACACAAAUAUUCUUCUAGCAAAUCGAAGAAGAAAGAGAAGAAGACCCACGAAAGGAAGUUUAGUCUGGAUAAAGAACGCCCAGAAAUUCUACAGAGUCUGGCCUCCUGCUCGGUGGCAAGCACCAAUCUCCUCAACGCCCUUAAGCUUGUCAACCGAGAGACUAAACGUGUGAGCGAGGAUGCAGAAGUGAUCAAUAGAUUCGAGACAUGCAAGAAGCUCCGGCACCAGAUUCUUCGAUACAUCCAGCACAUCGAGAGCGAGGAGUUUCUUGGAAGUCUUAUCCAUGCAAAUGAAGAGCUUGUCACGGCUCUCACGGCAUUUGAGGUCCUUGACAAGAGUGUCGACUACGAUAGCGACAGUGACCAGGAUGUUCUCGAGGGCAAGUGGCCAUAUCGAGAGCAAGACAUCAGAGAAAGCUUUUCUGGCCUUGCCGUCAAUCCCCCCAAGCCACCGAGACCGCCACGGCCUGCAAACCUUUCCAUUUCUUCGUUGGCAUCCCGCCACAGAGUUUACCCCAGCGAUUCAGAAUCCGAAUCAGAAGAAGAGGAUGACGAUGAGAACAAUCCGUUCGGAGACCGGAACGAGAUCCACGUCGAUCAGCAUCAACGUACUUGGAAAGAGGUUUGAAGACAUCGCAUUCAGAAGAACUACCUCAAAUGCUUCGUCUGUCGAGCGCUCGGGUGUCUUUUCUUUCUCCAGCAGUUUGCAUAGAUGAUACCAUUGAGAGUCAUUGGCAGCACUGGAUGAUGGACCGGUCCUACACUUCUCAUUAGGUGAAAGAA